AUGUUGGGAGAAAUUCAAGAGCUCCCCCACGAAACACUCUCACCGCUCCAAACUGUUGAGAGCACUCUAGCAAAGAUCAUGGAAAUGAUCCAAGUUCAAGGAGAGACGGACGUGAAUGCUGUAACACUUAGGAGCGGGAGAGCACUUCCAGAAGUUGUUCCACCACCACCGCAACUUGUCCCAGCGGAAGAAUCAAGGAUGGAAGAUAAUGAGACUUUCAACACAAGGCAAGCUAAACAAACAAUCGAAAAAGAAAUCAGAAGGGAAGACUCUCAACCGCAACCUUCUCGAAAAGGGAAAGAAAUCAUGCAGGAGCCACCACCCGUGCCGAAAGCAAAGCUUCCAUUUUCUCAAAGGUUUCGCACUGACAUCGACAACGCCAAGUAUGAUAAGUUCUUGCAAAUGCUACGCCAACUGCACAUCGACAUGCCAUUUAUUGAUGCAUUAGGAGAAAUGCCGAGGUAUGCUAAAUUUCUUAAGGACCUUCUAUCUAAUAAGAGAAAGCUAGCCGAAUCAGCUACUGUUGUACUAGGAGAAGAAUGCUCGGCUAUAUUACACAAAAAUGUGCCCCGGAAGUUAAAAGAUCUGGGAAGUUUCAGAACUCUUAAGCCUACCCGCAUGUGUAUUCAAUUAGCAGACCGAUCCACCAAAUACCCCAGAGGUAUCGUGGAAGACGUGUUGGUCCGAGUCGAUAAAUUCAUUUUUUCAGUAGACUUUGUGAUCUUAGAUACGGACCCGGAUGUGGAGAUCCCUCUCAUCUUGGGUAGACCCUUUUUAGCAACCGCUAGAGCUUUGAUAGACGUAGGGGAAGGCAAACUUGUUAUCCGAGUGGGUGACGAGUCGGCCAGCUUCGACGUAACCAAAAUCAUGAAAUAUCCUCUAGAUGGGGAUGAAUGCUUUUCUGUUGACUACGUGCAUGAUGAGAUCGAUUAUUUAUGCGAAUUGCCUAAAGCCAAGAGGCAUGAUUUUAAUUGGGAAUGUCCCACAGGGGCAAGAGAUUGUAAUGAAAACACUUUUGAGCAUGAACUGAACACUUUACAUAUUGUUUUACACCGAGAGGUUGAUCGUUUUAACUUGAUUGAUAAUGCUUGUGACUCUAAUUUCGUUGAAAAUAUGAAUUGUAUUGGUGAAGUUUCAGAGGGUAUGGAUGGAGAAGAUGGGGAUGAAUUUGAUGAAUUCGAGGGGGAAGUAGAUGGUGGAAAUGAGAAAAGAAAGGAGGAGGAUGAGAUAAUACAGGAAGGUGAACUGAAACAAUUGCCUGCAUACCUUGAGUAUGCUUACCUAGGAUCAAGAAAAGAGUUGCCAUUUGUCAUUGCAACAGAUCUUUCGGAUAAACAAAAUGAACAACUGAUAGCAGUGUUGAAGAAAAACAAGGAAGCAAUCGGAUGGAGGAUGACUGAUUUGAAGGGAAUUAAUCCGGCCAUUUACACACAUAAAAUUCUGUUGGAAGAAGGUUCGAAACCUAUAGCACAGCCGCAGAGACGACUUAAUCCGAACAUGUUUGAAGUUGUGAAGAACGAGGUGAUCAAACUUAUGGACGUCGGGAUGAGUUACCCUAUUUCGGAUAGCACUUGGGUUAGUCCAACUCAUGUAGUGCCCAAGAAAGGAGGAAUCACAGUCACUGAAAACGACAACAAGGAAUUGAUCCCUACUAGAAAAAUAACUGGAUGGAGAGUCUAUAUCGAUUACCGGAAGCUCAACGAAGCCACUCGUAAAGACCAUUUCCCUAUACCCUUUAUAGAUCAGAUGAUUGAUAAAGUGAGCGGAUUUGGUUACUACUGUUUCUUGGACGGAAUGAGCGGAUAUUUCCAAAUUCCAGUAGCUUUGGAGGAUCAAGAGAAAACAACAUUCACUUGUCCUUUUGGUACGUUCGCCUACAGGAGGAUGCCGUUCGGCGAAUUUAUGGAAGUAUUCAUGGAUGACUUCACAAUUUUUGGAGAGACUUUCGAAGAAUGCCUCGGAAAUCUAGAAAAAGUGUUAGAACGGUGUCAACAGAUGAACUUAGCAUUAUCUUGGGAAAAUGCUAUUAUAUGGUCAAGGAAGGACUUCUCGAAAAUUGCAAGGCCGUUUACCAGGCUAUUGGAAAAAGAUGUUGUAUUUGAACUGAAUGAGGAAGCUAUGAAAGCGUUCCAAGUUAGAGUUGUGCUUGGACAAAAGAAUGACAAGAAAUUUCAACCUAUUGCCUACGCUAGUCGAAUGCUGACAAAGCCUCAACAAGCCUACACCACAACCGAAAAUGAAUUGAUGUCAAAGGUCAUAAUUCAUACUGAUUACGCAGCUAUCAGAUUUCUUAUGUCUAAACCCGAAGCAAAACCAAGACUGAGGCUGAAGGACAUGAAAUCCUGGGAGAAUGCCACCGAAUGGGCCAUCACUCGGCAAAUAGAACUGCUAGGAGAGUACUUAAAGCAGGAUUCUAUUGGCCCUCAAUAUUUCGGGACGCUCAUAUCUGCAUAA